AGAAAAAUAUAGUUGCAUUCCGUCAAAUUCGCUGCCAAUGUCAAAAUAAACGUCAAACUUAAUUUGCUGUGCUGUUUGUCCUUUUGUGAAUUUCAGCAGUAGCUAUAGAUUUUUCUGUGCGAGUUUCGCAUGUGUUAAUUAUAUGGCGAUACUCAAGUUCCUGAAAAGGAACCUAGUGAGCAUCUCAUUCCCGACUCUCACUGCAACUCUUAUCUGGCUGGACUACAGUCACACCAAGCAGUGGAAAGCCUUGCAGAAACAAAACUAAAAUGGCAUUGUUUGGCAUCACAACCCGCUAUGUCUGGUUUGCAGUUCCAUUAACCGGCUUCUUGAUUGGCAAGUUUGUGGACGACCAGGAGACGUUGAGAAUGACCAACUUCAGAGACAAGUCUUGUUUGUAUGGUCCCAACCACAAGGAAUGUGACCCACCGUCAUGGCCCUGAACUGUCUCUGAAAUAUGUAGCUUAAUGUACUUGUAUCAAAUAUAGUGUGUUUAAAGUAA